AUGGACAGCGAACCGCCGUUGCCCCCACCUCCACGCAUCCGUCACCGCUCACCCGUAGCCAAGCAAUCGCAGUCUGGUUCUCAAUCCGGAACCCAGGCACGCGCACGCGUAAACAAAACCUACCGCCGCCUCUCCCGCUUCGACGACGCCUCCAGCCAGCCAUCCAGCGACCCUGCCCUGUUCUCUAGCGAUGAUGUUCCCGCGUCCGGUCUCGAAAAUUACCACGGGUCGCUUUCAGGGAGCGGGAGUGGGAAUGGCUCGCGCAAGCGGAGAUACCGUGGCACGUGGUGGGGGGAGAUGGUUAAGGACAAAGAGGUAAAGCGGAAACGCGCAGAAUUCAAGGAUAAGAGGCUUGUGGAUAGUGGAGUUUGGAUGGGGAGCGAUGAUUCCAGGGCAUCGAUUUUGGCGUCAGAGGAUGCGCCGCCGUGUUGGGGUGAGGAGCUGUUGGGUCAGAACCAGAAUCUGAACAGGGACCAGGAGCGGGAGCGGGAGCAGGACCAGGAUGAAGGGAUGGGUAUGGGCAUGGAUAUGGGCGUGGCGAUGUCGACGACGGCGGGGUUGAAUAGGAUACCAGCACGCCCUGGAUUCGCGAAGAAGGUGGAGGAGUCGAGAGAGCAUCAGAUGGCGCGGGCAGUGGUGAAUGAUUGCUUGGAGAGUGGGCUGGAUAGCGUUGAUAUAAGCAAUGGCAAUCUACGCGUUAUUCCAUCUGGCCUGCUCCGACCUCUCCAGCACCUCACCAAGCUCCCAUCCAUAAAAGAAGCUCCCAUCAGCGAAGAGGUGUACACUUCACUACAACCGUUCCUCCGUCUCUUCCUUUCCGGCAACAGCUUGAAUACCCUCCCCGGCGAGCUAUUCGAGCUCGGCAACCUGCGCGUGCUCAGCCUGCGCAAUAACAAGCUCGCCGAGAUCCCACCCGCAAUCCGCAGACUAACUAAGCUUCAGGAGCUGAAUGUCGCCGUAAACCGCUUAUCAGUCCUCCCCUGGGAGCUCCUCUGGCUGAUCAAGAAGGGCGACCUGAAGCAUCUCACCGUCCGACCAAACCCUCUUAAUGAAAUUGAUGAUCCAGCAACGAAAAUCGCCCAAUGGCAUCAAACCCGGGAAAGCGAAAACGGAGUGGAGCACAAACCUGGACCUGGGAGUCUCAACGCCGUCAGGUACGAAGGACCAGCCCCAGAAGAAGCAUGGGCACCAAUCCACGUUGCAACCGGCCCAGUUCAGUGCUUUAACAUGGAUGGCUUCCCCAUCCAAGCCUUGCCAACGACUACCUCUCCCACAAUGUCACAGUCCCAGCCUCUAUCCCGCGUCCCCUCCCUCCGCGAAGUUGCUCUCCUCUCUUUCAGUAAAUCCGCUUACCUCGACACACUCCCCGACGAUGAACUAGCGCAUUUCCCGGACCUUGCACUCCGGCUUUUUCUGCACGCGCGUGACGUACGCAGCGCCGGCGGCCGCUCCUGCUCAAUCUGCCAUCGCGGCUUUGUCAUCGCGCGCACAGAGUGGAUCGAGUGGUGGGAUUGCAGUACUUAUGAGAACGGGCUGAAAGGGCCGAGGGCGUCGGGGGAGAAGUUAAGGCCAUUGCCAUUCAGAAGGCUUGGGUGCAGUUUGGGAUGUCUUCCUACAGCCUCUGAGAUAUGA